GGGCACAUAAAAGAAAAGGAUAGGAUGAGAGGCGGCCACUUUAACGAAGGCCUCUUUUCCAGAGAGAGAACUGUCUAGAAUAGGAAACCUAAGCAAUGCAUCUCAUGACGAAGCUAUAUCCAAAGCUUGCAAACCCCAUUUCGAACAUGAGACGAGUCCCCAAUCCAAUCUAUUGCUUAUAUUAAACAUCGAUAUGUGUGCAUCAUGAGGAGCAGUGUAGUGUGAAGAUGGAAACCAUCAUAUUUGCCAUUAAUUACCCGUCUUUUUCUGUGGAUUAUGUAAAUCAUCUUACUAGCAGGUGGUUGGUUAAUACAUAUGCAUGCGGUGGCAGAGCUUUUUGCAGGGGCGAGAGCAGGCAUUAGGAUGAGAGGGCCCUGACAACCAAACAUUUAAAAGCUUUACAUUUUCAUCCUUCAAUGAUUAUUUAUUUUCAAGGGGGCUCACAACAGCUUGGUUCUGGGCUCGGAUUUCUUGAACAUUAGUUGAGAUUCGUCAAUUGGUGGUUGUUUUGGAAAAUUGAGAGAUGGGGGAUCAUUUUGUGUUGCUGGUGAAUCGGCUGUUAACUGAAUCCACAUUAGAAGCUGCAAUUGAGAGCAGAAACCUGUCGAUGCAAGCCACAGCAUCAACAGUUGAUGACACUAAAAUUGAUAAAUCUUUCCAGAAAAUGGAUUUUGGUGAUAUAUCGACUCCAAGGAAAUUGGUGGAGUGCAGGAUAUGCCAGGAUGAGGAUGAUGAUUCCAAUAUGGAGACACCAUGUUCUUGUUGUGGCAGCUUGAAGUAUGUUCAUCGCAGGUGCGUACAGAGGUGGUGUAAUGAGAAGGGUAACACUAUAUGUGAGAUAUGCCACCAGGAGUUCAAGCCUGGUUAUACAGCACCACCUCCCCUGUUCCAAAUUGGGUUUCCAGUGAACUUCAGGGGAAAUUGGGAGACUUCCAGAAGGGAGUUAAAUGGUCCUCACUUCAUAGCAGUGGUCUCAACUGAACGUAACUUUUUGAACAAUGACUAUGAUGAGUAUGCAGCUUCAACUACAAGAAAUGCAAUCUACUGUCGGUUAAUUGCUGUAGUUUUCAUGGUUCUUUUAAUUCUAAGGCACUCUCUUCCUCUUGUUCUUAAUGGAACCAACAAUAUCUCAUUCCCGGUAUUUAUGUCGUUAUUUCUACGAACUGCUGGGAUUAUUCUUUCAAUCUAUGUCAUGUUAAAAGCAGUGACUGCCAUCCAGCGUUGCUGCCUCCAUCAGGAGCCUCCAAAUUCAUCAUUUCAUUCAUAUGAUGAAGAUGCUGAGCAUCCAACCCUGCAGCCUCGGCCACAUAUAAUAAAUGUUCAUUAGAAUCUGCCAGAUCUUCAAGUUACUAGUUUGUUUCAAGGUAGAUGGAGAUAAUUUCAUUCUCAAAUGUGAAAAAAAGAUUGAAAAAUCAAGUUUCCAAGGUGGCUUCCUCACGGGGCAAAGUUUAAUGGGUUCUGAUUUCUGAAAGAGCACGGUAUCUUGUUUGUUGACAGUGACAAACAAACGACAGUUCCCUGGAAGACAAUAGUGAUUUAGAUUCCUAGAUUUGCAUUUUCUUUACUUCUCCAUCAUCUAAAUGCUUUGUACAGUUAAAAAAGGUUCCAAUGUAUAUACAAACAUUUAUACGAAGAACACAAGCUGACCUAA